AUGAGAUUGUUGAGUUUGUUUAUUUUUAUUUUAUAUUUGAAGGUAUCUGAAGCGUUUAGACUGAAUUCUAACAAGCACCAGACCAAUACUACACAUUCCUCCUGUAGAAAUAAAGUUGAUUCUUCUCUUUUUCUCUUUGGCUCCUCUGAGAAGUCACUCAGCAAAUGCCCAGUCUUGAACUCGCUCAGUUCCAAAGUUUCGUACCUUAACCAGAAGGUCAAUUCACUCGUUCCCGGCGGAUGGGUCACCACUCUCUCACUUCCCCUAGGAUUCCUCGCCUACAAAUAUUUAUGGAAGAAGAAAUCUGGUCUUGACAAGGGUUCUACGCUUCAUAGGUACCAGUGUACGAGCUGUGGCUACGUAAUAUUCCCUGCACGGAACCGAGAAGAAAAGUUCUUUUCAGAGAGCUUUACCUGCCCAAACUGCGGAUCCCCUCGCUCCAAAUUCACAGAAAAAUUCAGAUAAUAUAAUAAACUUUU